ACGAAUUGUUUUCCAAAUCAGUUGAAAGUGUUUUGUCAUAGCGAAAUAGUUAUCAAAUACUAUGAAAUAUACCACAAUUAUUUUAUUUGCGCUAGCCGCAUUCGUUUUGCCAACAUUCGCCGCAAAUGACUACCUGUGGGGCGAAGUUGGUGCAAACGAUUACAAAUUGGCCAAGGAUACCGUUUCGAAGGCGUUUUUCGUUGGUCUGGUGCAGACCAAAAAAUACGUAUUCAAGCAGUCGGACAACCUAAAUGCGCUGACCAUUACGGCAAUUAAGAUUACCGACAAAAAGAAGAGUCACGGAGCAACUGCUGUACUGGUCAGUGGAGGUCCUGGAUCCAAAGGAGCAACUAUUAAGUUCACUUCGGAACGAGGUUACGGCAUCAAGGAUACCGUGGAAAUAUGGGGUCGUUAAAUACUCUUAGGAAUGUGGCAUUCAUUAUAUAUAAAUAACGCAACGCA